AUGGCGAGCAAUGAUCAGGGUUUACCUGUUCCUGUAGGUGCUACGCCUUCACCCUAUUCAAAUCAAUAUAAUCAGUAUGCUUAUGAAUCCAAUCCAAGUACUGAAAAAAGUCAUGAAGAAAAGUUGAAGGAAAAAGCUAGAAAAUGGCAGCAAUUGCAAAAUAAGCGUUACGGCGAGAAGAGAAAGUUUGGCUUUAUUGAGCAUGAAAAAGCUGACAUGCCUCCUGAGCAUUUACGUAAAAUCAUCAAGGAUCACGGUGACAUGACAGCUAAAAAGUUCAGACAUGAUAAACGUAUAUAUCUCGGUGCAUUAAAGUAUGUACCUCAUGCUGUGCUGAAAUUGCUCGAGAAUAUGCCUAUGCCUUGGGAACAAGUCAGAGAAGUCAGUGUCUUAUAUCAUAUAACUGGUGCAAUUACUUUCGUCAACGAAAUUCCUUGGGUUAUUGAACCUGUGUAUAUUGCACAAUGGGGUUCACAGUGGAUUAUGAUGCGUAGAGAAAAGCGUGAUAGAAGACACUUUAAACGUAUGCGUUUUCCACCAUUUGAUGAUGAAGAACCGCCUCUCGAUUAUGGUGACAAUAUUAUGGAUGUCGAGCCACUUGAAGCAAUUCAGUUGGAAUUAGAUGAAGAAGAAGAUUCAGCAGUUUAUGAUUGGUUUUAUGAUAACAAGCCUUUGAUUGAUACUAAAUUUGUAAACGGCUCUACAUAUCGUAAAUGGAGAUUGGAUUUACCAAUUAUGUCAACUUUAUACCGUCUUGCGCAUCAACUUUUGUCUGAUUUGACAGAUAAAAACUACUUCUAUCUUUUCGACCUCAACUCAUUCUUCACAGCGAAAGCCUUGAGUAUGGCUAUUCCUGGUGGCCCCAAGUUCGAACCGCUGUAUCGUGAUAUGGAUACUGCUGACGAUGAUUGGAAUGAAUUCAACGAUAUUAACAAAAUUAUUAUCCGUCAGCCAAUUCGUACAGAAUAUAAGAUUGCUUUUCCCUUCUUGUAUAAUUCACUUCCGCGUAGCGUCAAAGUCUCGUGGUAUCAUUAUCCUACAGUGGUAUUUGUUCGUUCAGAGGACCCUGAUCUUCCAGCAUUCUAUUUCGAUCCUAUUAUCAAUCCUAUAUCAUCCCGAGCAGUGGCUGAUGUUGGCAGAAAACACGAAGAAGAGAUCUUCGGCGAUGAAGAUGAGGAUACCCAGUUCACGUUGCCAGAUUAUGUUGCACCCUUCUUGGAAGAUACUGAACUUUAUACCGAUAAUACAGCAAAUGCUAUUGCUCUUUAUUGGGCUCCUCAUCCAUUCGAUAAGAGAUCUGGUCGAACCCGUCGUGCACAGGACGUUCCUCUUGUCAAAAACUGGUAUCUGGAGCAUUGUCCUCCUGGUCAACCGGUAAAGGUUCGAGUAUCCUACCAAAAAUUGCUCAAAUGUUACGUAUUGAAUGCUUUGCAUCACCGUCCUCCCAAGGCAUUGAAUAAGAAAUACCUUUUCCGCAGUCUGAAAUCUACCAAAUUUUUCCAGACGACACAAAUUGAUUGGGUUGAAGCUGGUCUGCAGGUUUGUCGACAAGGUUACAACAUGUUGAAUUUAUUGAUUCACAGAAAGAAUUUGAACUACCUGCAUCUCGAUUAUAACUUCAAUUUGAAACCUGUAAAGACACUUACAACCAAGGAGAGAAAGAAAUCUCGUUUCGGUAACGCUUUCCAUCUUUGCAGAGAAAUUCUACGUCUAACAAAACUCAUUGUGGAUGCUCACGUACAAUACCGUCUCGGUAACGUGGACGCCUUCCAAUUGGCGGAUGGUCUUCAGUACAUUUUCGCACAUGUUGGCCAAUUGACGGGUAUGUACCGUUACAAGUAUCGUUUGAUGAGACAAAUUCGUAUGUGUAAAGAUUUGAAGCAUUUGAUCUAUUACCGUUUCAACACCGGCCCGGUUGGUAAAGGCCCUGGUGUUGGUUUCUGGGCGCCUGGUUGGAGAGUCUGGCUUUUCUUUAUGCGUGGUAUUGUCCCAUUGCUCGAACGUUGGUUAGGUAACUUGCUGGCUCGUCAAUUCGAAGGCAGACAUUCCAAGGGUAUUGCGAAAACAGUUACAAAGCAACGUGUCGACUCACACUACGACUUAGAGUUGAGAGCAGCUGUCCUACACGAUAUUAUGGAUGCUAUGCCCGAAGGCAUUAAGGGUAAUAAAUCUCGUACUAUUCUUCAACAUCUUUCUGAAGCAUGGAGAGCUUGGAAAGCCAAUAUUCCUUGGAAGGUACCUGGUAUGCCUGCACCUAUAGAAAAUAUGAUUUUACGUUAUAUCAAGGCCAAGGCUGAUUGGUGGACUAGUGUUGCUCAUUAUAAUCGUGAACGUAUCAGAAGAGGUGCUACUGUUGAUAAAACUAUUUGCCGAAAGAAUUUAGGUCGCUUAACUCGUCUGUGGCUCAAGGCUGAACAAGAACGUCAACACAACUAUCUCAAGGAUGGUCCGUACAUAACAGCUGAAGAAGCUGUUGCUAUUUAUACUUCUACAGUUCAUUGGCUCGAAAGUAGAAAGUUCUCUCCUAUUCCUUUCCCUCCUCUUUCCUAUAAGCACGAUACUAAAUUGCUCAUUCUUGCUCUCGAACGUCUUCGUGAAGCCUACUCUGUUCAAGGCCGUUUAAAUCAAAGUCAAAGAGAAGAGUUAGGUCUUAUUGAACAAGCCUAUGAUAAUCCUCAUGAAGCUCUUUCUCGUAUCAAACGUCUUCUUUUGACUCAACGUGCUUUCAAGGAAGUCGGUAUCGAAUUUAUGGAUCUUUAUUCACAUUUAAUUCCUGUUUAUGAUAUCGAACCAAUGGAGAAAAUCACAGAUGCCUAUCUGGAUCAAUAUUUAUGGUACGAAGCCGAUAAACGUCACCUCUUCCCUGCUUGGAUCAAACCUUCUGAUUCUGAGCCACCACCAUUGUUGGUCUACAAAUGGUGUCAAGGAAUCAACAAUUUAACUGAUGUUUGGGACACCAGUGAAGGACAAUGUAAUGUUAUGAUGGAAGCUAGCUUCAGUAGAGUCUACGAAAAGAUUGAUCUUACACUCUUGGGUCGUCUUUUACGUCUUAUUCUUGAUCAUAAUUUGGCUGAUUAUGCUACCGCAAAAAACAACGUUGUUUUGAAUUACAAGGACAUGAAUCACGUCAAUGCGUACGGUUUGAUCCGUGGUCUUCAGUUUGCCUCCUUUAUUUUCCAAUACUACGGUUUGGUUCUUGAUUUGCUGGUGUUGGGUCUUCAUCGUGCUAGUGAAAUGGCCGGUCCUCAUCAAUUACCUAAUGAUUUCUUACAAUAUCGUGAUGUGGAAACAGAAACACGUCAUCCCAUCCGUUUGUAUUCUCGUUAUAUUGAUCGUAUCCAUAUCUUCUUCCGAUUUACAGCAGAUGAAGCUCGUGAUCUUAUCCAACGUUACCUGACCGAACAUCCCGAUCCCAACUUUGAAAAUAUUGUUGGGUACAACAACAAGAAGUGCUGGCCUCGUGAUUGUCGUAUGCGUUUGAUGAAGCAUGAUGUGAAUCUUGGUCGUGCCGUCUUCUGGGAUAUCAAGAACCGUCUUCCUCGUUCUUUGACUACCAUUGAAUGGGAGAAUAGCUUCGUCAGUGUUUACUCGAAAGAUAACCCGAACUUGCUUUUCUCUAUGUGUGGUUUUGAAGUGCGUAUCCUUCCUAAGAUCAGAAGCAUGAAUGAAGAGUUUACGUUGAAGGAUGGUGUCUGGAAUUUGAUUAAUGAGCAAACAAAAGAAAGAACCGCUCAAGCUUACUUGCGUGUAGAUCAAGAAUCGAUGGACCGUUUCCAUAACAGAAUUCGUCAAAUUCUUAUGGCCUCAGGUAGUACCACUUUCAGUAAGAUUGCUAACAAAUGGAACACUGCUUUGAUCGGUUUGAUGACGUACUAUCGUGAAGCCGUUGUUCAUACUCGUGAGCUACUCGAUUUGCUGGUCAAAUGUGAAAAUAAGAUUCAAACCCGUGUAAAGAUCGGUCUUAACUCCAAGAUGCCUUCCCGUUUCCCUCCUGUCGUUUUCAUGACUCCUAAGGAAUUGGGUGGUCUUGGUAUGUUAUCUAUGGGUCAUAUUUUGAUUCCUCAAUCUGAUCUUCGUUGGUCGAAACAAACUGAAACGGGUAUUACUCACUUCCGUGCUGGUAUGAGUCAUGAUGAGGAUGCCUUGAUUCCCAAUUUAUAUCGUUAUAUUCAAUCAUGGGAAUCUGAAUUCAUUGAUUCUCAACGUGUCUGGGCCGAGUAUGCAUUGAAGCGUCAAGAAGCUUAUGCUCAAAAUAGACGUUUGACUCUGGAGGAUCUGGAAGACUCUUGGGAUCGUGGUAUUCCUCGUAUCAAUACUCUUUUCCAAAAGGAUAGACAUACUCUGGCCUAUGACAAGGGUUGGCGUGUGCGUACAGAUUUUAAGCAAUAUCAAGUUUUAAAGAAUAAUCCCUUCUGGUGGACUCAUCAACGUCAUGAUGGUAAACUAUGGAAUUUGAACAAUUAUCGUACCGAUAUGAUCCAAGCUCUCGGUGGUGUCGAAGGCAUUUUGGAACACACUCUGUUCAAGGGUACUUAUUUCUCAACCUGGGGUGGUCUUUUCUGGGAACGUUCUAGUGGUUUCGAAGAAAGUAUGAAGUAUAAAAAGCUCACUAACGCUCAAAGAAGUGGUUUGAAUCAAAUUCCUAAUCGUCGUUUCACACUGUGGUGGUGUCCAACUAUCAAUCGUUCAAAUGUUUAUGUUGGUUUCCAAGUACAACUUGAUCUUACUGGUAUUUUCAUGCAUGGCAAGAUUCCUACCCUCAAAAUUUCACUCAUUCAAAUUUUCCGUGCUCACUUGUGGCAGAAGAUUCACGAAGCUUUGACUAUGGAUUUUGCUCAAGUUUUUGAUCGAGAAUUAGAGGCUCUUCAAAUCGAAACUGUUCAAAAGGAAACUAUCCAUCCCAGAAAGUCUUACAAGAUGAAUUCUUCAGCUUCUGAUAUUUUAUUGUUUGCUGCUUAUAAGUGGCCUGUUUCACGUCCUUCACUUCUGAACGAUCCUAAGGACGUAAUGGAUGGGCCUACUACUACUAAAUACUGGCUCGAUAUUCAAUUAAGAUGGGGUGAUUUUGACUCCCACGAUAUUGAAAGAUACACUCGUGCCAAAUUCUUGGACUACACUACUGAUAAUAUGAGUAUCUACCCCUCGCCUACUGGUUUAAUGAUUGGCGUUGAUUUAGCUUACAGUAUGUAUUCUGCUUAUGGUAAUUGGAUUCCUGGUAUGAAGCCCCUCGUUCAACAAGCUAUGGCCAAGAUCAUGAAGGCCAAUCCUGCUCUUUACGUACUUCGUGAACGUAUCCGUAAGGCCCUCCAAUUGUAUUCUUCUGAACCUACUGAACCUUAUUUAUCAUCUACCAACUAUGGUGAAUUAUUCAGUAAUCAAAUCAUCUGGUUUGUCGAUGAUACCAAUGUUUAUCGUGUCACUAUUCACAAGACCUUCGAAGGUAAUUUGACUACCAAGCCUAUUAACGGUGCUAUCUUCAUUUUCAAUCCUCGUACUGGUCAACUAUUCUUGAAGAUUAUCCACACGUCUGUUUGGGCUGGUCAGAAACGUUUAGGUCAGUUAGCUAAGUGGAAGACUGCAGAAGAAGUUGCUGCUUUGAUUCGUUCAUUGCCUGUCGAAGAACAACCUAAGCAAAUUAUUGUUACCAGAAAGGGUAUGUUGGAUCCUUUGGAAGUUCACUUGCUCGAUUUCCCUAAUAUUGUUAUCAAGGGUUCCGAACUUCAAUUACCCUUCCAGGCUUGUUUGAAGAUUGAGAAGUUUGGUGAUUUGAUUCUCAAGGCUACAGAACCGCAAAUGGUGCUGUUCAACUUGUAUGACGAUUGGUUGAAGACGUUUUCAUCGUACACCGCAUUCUCUCGUUUGGUCCUCAUCUUGAGAGCUCUUCAUGUGAACACUGAUAAGACUAAAAUGAUAUUACGACCUGAUAGAAGCACUAUUACUGAACCUCAUCAUAUCUGGCCGACACUUACUGAUGAAGAAUGGGCAAAGGUCGAAGUUCAAAUGAAGGAUUUGAUUUUGGCAGACUAUGGUAAGAAGAAUAACGUCAAUGUUGCUUCCCUUACACAAUCCGAAAUCAGAGAUAUCAUCUUGGGUAUGGAAAUUCAGGCACCCUCUCUGCAACGUCAACAAAUUGCUGAGAUUGAGAAACAAACGAAGGAACAAUCUCAAUUGACGGCGGUAACUACUAAGACCCGUAAUAUCCACGGUGAUGAAAUGAUUGUUACAACCACCAGUAACUACGAACAAGCCACUUUCUCCAGUAAAACUGAAUGGCGUAUUCGUGCUAUCUCAGCUACCAAUCUUUAUUUGAGAACCAACCACAUCUAUGUCAAUUCUGACGAUAUCAAGGAGAACACGUACACUUAUGUUAUGCCAAAGAACGUGCUCAAGAGAUUCAUCACUAUUUCAGAUUUACGUACGCAAAUUGCUGGUUUUAUGUUUGGUGUGAGCCCGCCUGAUGCACCGAAUGUGAAGGAAAUUCGCUGUGUCGUUGUUCCUCCACAAUGGGGUACACAUCAAACUGUUCAUUUACCCAAUAACCUUCCUGAACACGAAUAUCUUAAGGAUUUGGAGCCUUUGGGUUGGAUCCAUACUCAACCGCAAGAAUUGAUGAAUAUCUCUCCUCAGGACGUCACAACGCACGCCAAACUGUUAGCAAACCAUAAGAGCUGGGAUGGAGAGAAAACGAUCACUUUGACUUGUUCGUUUACACCAGGUUCUUGUUCCCUUACUGCCUAUAAACUAUCCCCCGCUGGUUUUGAAUGGGGCAAGACUAAUGUGGAUCCAGGAAGUCAACCUCAAGGUUACUUGCCUACUCAUGGUGAAAAGGUUCAAAUCCUUUUAUCUGAUCGCUUCCUUGGUUAUUUCAUGGUGCCUGCUGAUGUUUGGAAUUACAACUUCAUGGGUGCUCAAUUUAAUGCGAAUAUGAAUUAUAGAUUGGUACUGGAUAUACCAAAGGAAUUUUACCAUGAAUCCCACCGUGCUGCUCAUUUCAUGAACUUUAGUAGUGAAACUGAAGCAACAACUGAGGCAGAUAUUGAAGAUGCCUUUGCUUAA